UUCGUCUGGGAAUAUGGGUUUAUCCAAUUGCAUUGCGUCUGUUUGAAAUGCUACUCUUGCCCGAAGUCAACGUGCUACUCCAAGCAUGGUAGAAUUCUGGAGACUUUCUUGUAAAUCAAUACGUGGUAAGUUAAUAACAUGCACCAACAACACUCAAACCCACCUACGCCCUUCAUGUCAACUGUGGCUGUGGAGUUUGGGGUUUGUCAUCGGCACGACUCGACACGCGGAGCUACCUAUGAUUCUGAAGUAGACCGAUCUUUUUCGUACAAAAGGUCUUUGUUUAGUUAGUGGUUUUGUAAAUGCAAAAGCUCUUCAUGACGAGAGCUUCCGCAAAUUUUCUUUCAUCACGUUUGUAACAUCCAAGCCCGCAAAGUACAGUACAGUAACCAACUACGUUACCCAGCUUCAGCCGUCUCCAUAUCAACACCGGCAUCCAUUAACGACAAUAGGAGGAGCUCGUCCCGUCUCUUGCAAAAACCAUGGCCACCAUCAAACAUGCUAGCCGGGAAGACAUCCCAGCAAUUCUCGGCAUGAUCCGCGAACUGGCCGACUAUGAACAUGAGCUUCAUUCCGUCGAGACAACCGAAGCCAAGCUGCUCGAGACUGUCGCCCUUGCGCCAUCAGACCCAUCAGCACCCCUCAGCCUCCCAGAUGGCCUGCCAAACACCGAGCCUACUUCACCCGCCAAGCCUGCUCGCUGCCUUGUCCUUUCCGAUCCGGACGGUACCACCUGUGGCAUGGCAUUGUACUUCUACAACUAUAGCACAUGGCGCGCCAGGCCAGGUAUCUACCUGGAGGACUUGUACGUGCGCCCUGCGUACCGCAAGAAGGGGUACGGUCUGCAGCUACUAGCGACACUGGCAAGAGAGGUAAGAGAAAUGCAGGGCACUAGGCUCGAAUGGGCCUGCUUGAAGUGGAAUGAACCCAGCAUCAAGUUCUACGAGAGUAUCGGGGCUAGACAGCAGAGUGAGUGGGUUGGCUUUAGAGUCGAUGGGGACAACCUGGCGAAGCUGGCGGACAUGUCCAAGCAAUAACUGUGGAAUAUAUGUUGGUCAGAGCCCAUGAUUGGCAGCUGGGGGUAUCGUUGGGUUUGUAUACAGUAUAGGAGACAAGAUGUGGCCCGCGAGCGAGUCGAUCUAAGCAACACGGGACCGAGUCUUUCGUGCCUUUUUUAUAGGAGAACCAUCCUGGUCCACACCUUGAAACACAUGAUGCCAAG